AUGGAAGAAAAGCUUGUGAAAAUUACUAAAUGCCCAGAUAAUGAGAAAAAAGUUAUAAGCAAAUUUAAAAAGAAAUCGACAGCUGCUAGUUACAAAAAGGAACGUUUCUUAAAAAACAAUAAAAAAUGGAUUACAGCAUCUAUUGAACUGCCUUACUGGUCUGUACAACCUACAGAGAAACCAGGCCGACCAACUAAAACAUUCGAAGAGUUAAGUGACAGCAGCAGUGUCAAAAAACAAAAGAACUACGAUACAGAUACCUGUAGAGGAGUUGACAUAUGCAGCAGGAAGGAAGAAAAAACUGACGAAGAGGAAGAAGAAGCCGGCGAAGAGGAAGAUGAAGCUGACGAAGAGGAAGAUGAACAGUUUGUCUGA